AUGCAAGCUGAGAUUAGUGCUCUUGAAGAGAAUAAUACCUGGAUCUUCACUACCUUACCAGAGGGUAAAAAACCAAUUGGGUGCAAAUGGGUGUUUAGAAUAAAACAUCAAGCUGAUGGAUCAAUUGAACGUUACAAGGCUCGAUUGGUUGCCAAGGCUUUGGUUGCUUGCAACAACUGGUACCUUCACCAACUAGAUGUAAACCAUGCUUUUCUACAUGGUGAUCUCCAUGAAGAAGUUUACAUGCUCCCUUCUCCUGGUUUUGCACCUUCUGCUUCUAAUCAAGUUUGCAAAUUACAAAAAUCACUCUACGGAUUGAAGCAAGCAAGCAGACAAUGGUUCUCUAAGCUCACAACUGCCUUACUUACCCUUGGAUACAUUCAAUCUUCUGCUGACUAUUCUUUGUUUGUGAAACGACAGCAAGAUACCUUUACAGUUCUUCUAGUAUAUGUUGAUGAUAUCAUCUUGACUGGUAAUUCACUCUCUGAAAUUACCAAAGUGAAGGCCUAUCUAGAUCAACAGUUUCGGAUUAAAGAUCUUGGAGAACUAAAGUACUUUCUUGGCCUGGAAGUUGCUCUAACUACUGCUGAAAUUCACCUCUCACAGAGGAAAUAUGCUUUGGAAAUCUUACAGGAUUCUGAAUUUAUGGAUUGUACACCUGCCAAGACUCCAUUAGCAUCUAAAUCAAAGCUUACUUCCGAUUCUGGUGCCCUCCUUCAUGAUGUUACUUCAUAUCGACAACUUGUAGGAAGGCUAAUCUAUUUGACAUUAGCACGGCCUGAUCUUGCCUUUGUCGUGCAACAAUUGAGCCAAUUCAUGGACAAACCUAUUGAUCAACAUUUGCAAGCUGCUCACCGUAUUCUUCGAUACUUGAAAGCUUGUCCUAGCAAUGGUUUGUUUUAUCGAUCUUCCUCUCCUCUUGAUCUUCGAGCAUUCAGUGAUUCAGAUUGGGCUGGAUGUCUCGAAUCUCGAUGUUUCAUCACCGAAUUCUGCAUCUUCUUGGGAAACUCACUAAUCAGUUGGAAAUCUAAGAAACAACCAACUGUCUCGCGUUCAUCAUCUGAGGCUGAGUAUAGAGCUUUAGCUUCCACUAUUGCCAAUAACCCCACUUUCCACGAACGCACCAAACACAUAGAAAUUGACUGUCACAUCGUCCGGGAAAAGGUAACCACUGGCAUUGUGCACCUGAUGCCUUGCAAAUCAAGUGAUCAACUCGCUGACCUCUUCACCAAGUCACUUGCUGCUCAACCAUUUUGUGACAUUGUUAGCAAACUGGAAACGCUUAAUAUCCAUUCUCCAGUUUGA